AACAAUCCCGUUUUUUACGACAAAGCAAACAGCUGGGUCCGUUUGCUUUUGAGAAAACCUAAGGUGAUGUCUUCUUCGAAAAGGACAAGGCUUUGCACAGAGUACUACCGGAAAUCUAAGACAUGUUCCUCGAACUUGCGGGGCUGUUGUUUGAAGAGGGACAGGCCACGAAGAAAAUGCAGCACUGAUCAUACUUCGAUGGAUAAAAAAUAUAAUCGCGUGGAAAGAGAGGAGUCGAUCCUACCCCGGUUUACACGAAAUCUUGACAAAACUCAAAGUCCCAAUCGAAAGAGGUUGUGUAAACUUACAAGUUCCGUUAAUCAGCGAUCUUCAUCCCAGAAAGUUGUUUCAAACUGCUAUAUCAAAGCUGUUCCUGAUGAGGUUCUGCUUCAGAUAUGUUCCUAUCUUCAAGAGGGAGACCUUUGCAGUAUGGCACAAACAUGUAACAGACUUAGUGCCAUUUGCCAGGAUGGCUGUUUAUGGCGAUCCCUCUAUAGUCAAGUAUUUGAGAUGGCAAACAUCAUGAUAAAGACUUCUGAAGGUGUCUAUGUUAAACAAGAACCUGAAAAUGACUUGUCCUGGAAAAGAAGCUUCCGUACACUUUAUCAUGCCCAUCAUGUUCAUCCUACCACCGCAAAACAGAAGAAAUUAAAUCCACUACAAUACACAGGAAGAAAAAUUAAUUAUCACGAAACAAUCAAAGAAGCUUUGGAUGCUGUACAAGAUGAUGGGGUCAUAAUUGUACACAGUGGUGUGUAUGAUGAACAGCUGUCAAUCAGCAAGCCUGUUGCAAUCAUUGGAGCAGCUAAGAGCGAAGAUGAUCCUGUCGUCAUUCAGAGUGACUCUUCAACAGUUGUUAGUUUUAUUGCUGGUUCAGGCAGCUCUUUCCUUGGGCAUGUCACCUUGAAGAAUUGCCCAAACGGUGAAUCUGAGGUGAUCAGAUCAGGAUGUGUGGAGGUUGUUGAUGACUGUGGUCCUACAAUCUACAACUGCAAGCUUAAUAGCCUUGCUAGUGCUGGUGCCACAGUUUAUGUACAUGGAAGAGGAGCCAGACCGAUUUUGUCAAAAUGUUUUAUCUCAGACUCAGAAAAUGUUGGCAUUUUCAUCACAGAUGAUGCGCAGGGAACGUAUGAAGACUGCGAGAUUACAAACAUCAAGUUGGCAGGGGUGUGGGUACGGAAUCAUGCCAGUCCUAUCAUGAGAAGGAAUAAAGUGCAUCAUGGCAGAGAUGUCGGCUUCUUUAUCUUCGAUUAUGGAUUGGGCUACUAUGAAGGAAACGAUGUUUACAACAACCGUAUAGCCGGAUUUGAGAUUCGGUCACACGCCAAUCCAACAGUCGUGGGAUGUAAAAUACACCACGGUAUGACGGGUGGUAUAUACUGUCAUGACGAUGCGCGUGGUGAAUUCCUGGAAAAUAAGAUAUAUUCUAACACAUACGCUGGAGUUUGGAUCACAUCACAGAGCAAUCCAACCAUAAAAAACAACGAGAUCUACGAUGGACAACAAGGAGGAGUUUAUGUAUUCGGCGAAGGAAAAGGAUUGAUUGAAGGAAAUAACAUUCAUGACAAUGCACUGGCCGGAAUCCAGAUCAGAACUAAGAGUAAUCCUAUUGUUCGCUGCAAUAGAAUACACAGCGGACUUCACGGGGGAAUUUAUGUGCACGAGGAAGGUAUGGGACUCAUAGAGGACAACGAAAUCAACAAUAACACCCUGGCUGGUGUGUGGAUAACCACAGGAAGCACACCCACGCUCAGAAACAACAGGAUCCACAGUGGAAAACAGGUUGGAGUUUACUUCUAUGAUGGAGGAUGUGGAAUUCUCGAGGAAAACGAAAUCUUUAAUCACAAAUAUUCAGGAAUACAAAUAAGAUCGGGCAGCAAUCCCUGUAUCAGAAGAAAUAAGAUUUGGGGAGGACAGAAUGGUGGCGUUCUGGCCUACAACGGAGGUCUUGGUCUGUUGGAAGAAAAUGAGAUUUUCGACAACGCGAUGGCAGGAGUCUGGAUCAAGACUGAGAGUAACCCAGUCCUCCGGAGAAACAAGAUUCACGACGGUCGGGAGGGAGGGGUGUGUGUGUUCAACCAUGGAAAAGGUGUUUUGGAGAAUAAUGACAUCUUCAGAAAUGCCUUGACAGGUGUGCUUAUCAGUACAGCAAGUUUUCCUGUGUUAAAAAGCAAUCGUAUUUUUGAUGGUGGUGCCGCGGGAAUUGAGAUAACAAACAGUGCUGGCGGAGUUCUAGAAGAAAACGAAGUCUUCAAUAACCGGUUUGACGGGAUUUGUCUGGCCACUGGUGUCGAGCCCAAACUUAGCAAUAACAAAGUACACGGUAACAGAAGAGAAGUUGAGCAAGCUAUAGAGUCUUGUCGCUGUUUGUAUCAAGUGUCUGGUAACACAUGCUAUCCGAUGCACGAUUUUUACAGGUGCACCACUUGUGGUACGUCGGAUGGCUACGCCAUUUGCGUCAGUUGUGUGAAAGGGUGUCACGAGGGACAUGACGUGAAGUUUGUCAGACGUGACAGGUUUUUCUGCGACUGUGGAGCAGGUUCUAGUGGAGUUCUGUGUAAACUUGUUAGCGGCAAUUGCUGGUCAGUGGCAUCUCGGACGCAGGCAGCUCGAGUGGCCAGUGGUGGUCAAACAGAAACGUCUGCGCAAGAAGUUAGAGACAAUCAGGCUCUUUGCGUUUCUUGACGAUUCGACGAUGUUGAAGAAUCUUACAGUGACAUAAAGAUUUAAAAGUAAACAAGUCUUAAACUACUCUCAACACAUACGUACAAGGAGAUCAUUUCUUUGCUUACCCUUCUCAGCAAGUACAUCUUUGUCGCGCUGAUCUGUGAACUACAAAUGUGCAGCUUAACUUUUUCAACUUUCUUUGAUGUAAACUAUAUAUACCGCACUAUAUAUAACUAGGAAUGAAGCAGGAUGUUUUAACUGGAGGAGGAUGGGGAGAAGCCUCCAGGCUAUUUGUUUUAUAAUUUUUUUUUUCUUGACAUCGAAUCAGCCACUUGCUCACAAGAACUUGCUCCCCUCCCUGAAUUUGCACGUUUUGUGAAAGAUUCCAUCAAGUGUGUUGUAUCAAAAUCGCUAAAUCACAAUAGUGAGGGGAAAACAGUUGCGUUUGAAAGCAACUAAAUUGUGCCCCUGUGCUAUAUUAUAACCCCACAGUUUAACCAGGUUUUUUAAGAUAUUUCGCUUAAGGGGAAUCUUGUUUGGAAAAAAAUAUACAUUUUAUCAUCUUAACACGGCAAAUCGUUCGUUUCAAAGUAUUAAUGAAGCGACUAUUUAUGAUUCUUUCAUGAACAGUAUUUAUUUCUACAUGCGCUUCAUCCGAUAGUCAACAGCUCACAUGAACUUCCAGUAAUCAAACUGGCGAGAUUUUUAUGCAUAGUCCCAGCUAUAACGUAGGUGUAUAUAGUGAUAGAAAGAUAAGUUAAGACAUACUAAAGACAAAAAUAUGCUUUGAGAGAGAAAAGUAUUUAUUAAUUUAAGAGAUGAACUUCAUGGGUAAAAAGGAAAAUAAACUGUUCUACUGGAAAUUCGAACUCUCUUUGGUAAUGUUAUGAAGUGAAGGCUGUCGGGUGGACGCUUCUCAAUGGGUCAUACAGUGAUAUCAGUCACCUUUGUAAUAAUAAUAAUGAUAAUAAUACUUUAUUUGUAUAGCUCUAUUUCUAUCGCUAUCG